AAAAACACCUACAGCUGUGUGCUCAACAAUCCCAUCAGCAACCAGACUCAACAUCUGGACAUCACUCAACUCUGUCACACAUGUUCAGCACAAGGACUGUCCUCUGGCAUUAAAGUGGGGAUAGGUGUUGUUGUCUUCCUGCUGGUUGCUGGGAUGGGUGCUGUGGUUUACUAUUGCUACAACAAAUUUGACAAAACAAAAGAAAAAAAUAAUCAAACUCCUAUGGAACAAGCUAUUCCACUAAACAAUGGUCGAGUUCUUGGGGAAGAAGCUGAUAACCCAAAUAAUGUAGCUGAAGAAAUUGCUUAUCAGCAGAGAGAUUUACCAGAUGGUCAGGACGAACGUGGUCCACUUAUUGAUGGUCGAGUUCUUGGGGAAGAAGCUGAUAACCCAAACAAUGGUCAGGAAGAAUGUGAUCCACAGCAGGAUAUGUUUCAUUCCGAACCAGAUCAACUGAAGAAAAUAACAGUGAAGCAAGGAGAAACAGUCACUCUAAAGACUGGUGUUACUGACAUGCAGAGAGAUGAUCUGCUACGGUGGAAGUACGCUGAUUCCAGAGUAUCUGAAUCCACAACCUUAUUUAGUGUCAUCGCCGUAUGCAAUAAAAGGACCGCUAGGAUCGCAGUAAAGGAAGGUCCUGGAGGGAAAUUCAAAGACAGACUACAGCUGGACCAUCAGACUGGAAAUCUCACGAUCAAGAACAUGAGAGUCAAAGACACUGGGCAUUUUAAACUAGAGAUCAAGAACAACAAACAUCAGCUGACAAAAACCAUCAAAGUCAAUGUCUGUGCUUCCACAAAAAAGCAAGGGGACGAUCCAAAUGAGACAAAUUUGUCCUUGAUACCAGAAGAGGACCCCAGCAACACUAGUACAUAUACUGUGGAGCCGAUGGACACGGCCGAUGCAUCUUUUACUCCAUGCAUCUUUUAUGUUGGCCGCUAUAUCAUCGUGCAUUGA